UUACCGAGAUGUAGCUGACUUGUGCGAUUUGGUGCAUCAGGAGGCGCACAAUCGGUGUCCAGAAUGCAGGGUUGUUUGCUCCAACGAAGACGCUUUGCUGAGCCACUUCUGCAGUCGCCACAUCAAGCAACCAGAGACUGGAAAAGAGAGUAAAAUUAAGCUGAUAGGCUCACCAAUGAUUGCAUCUGCUAAUCAUGAACUCAACGAAGUCAGCUCAAGGAAGUGGAAGGCAUGCUUGGAAAAUAGAAGUUUCCAUUAUGAAGGAACAUACAAACAUUUCCCACCCACCAUGUGGAUCAAGAUGUUUGGGCUGAUGAUUCUGGGUCGUAUGUGUGGACAAGGUGGUCUUCAUUACAUCAUGAUGCAGCUGUGUAUUCAACAACAUGUUAACCUGUCCCAGCGGAUGUUGAUGCUCUUAAAUCUCUUAAAUGAUGUUGAGAAAAAUCCAGGACCGGAGUAUUCGUGCAAAUGGAUAUCCUGCAAGGAAGACUUCCACUCCAUAGGACAGCAAGAUGCACAUAUCAUCUCUCAUGUGGUUCAAGAGAAAUGCUGUAGAUGGGGAGACUGUUCCAAAGUCCUGAGCUUUAAUAGUCUUGAAAAUCCAUGAACUUAAACAUCUCUAGGAUGUGAGUUUAGCACUGUGUAUGAACUGGUGUUGCUUCAUUUUCUGCAUAUCUUUAUCUCAGUCUUCUCUAGUUUUGAUGGUCAAAUACAUAUUGUCUGCCAGUUUUUUUCCCCCAAUACUGCCGUUCAUCGUUUGCUUGCAUCAAGAGUUUUAAAAGAAAUUAAAACUCAUUUGUUUAGUUAGAAUCUUAUGAAAGACUUAAAUGGCCAUGUUUAAUACAAUUGUAUAACAACAUAUAUGAGCUAAAAA